CAAGCCAAUGAGGAGUCAAAAGCUGUUACCAAGGCCUCAGCUAUGAAAACAAUCAAGCAUCGCAUGGAAAAGGACAUUGAUGAAGUGCUUAAAAUAGCUCGUAUAACUAAGUCAAAACUCGAAGAACUUGACAGAGAUAAUUUAGCAAAUAGGCAGAAACCUGGAUGCGGAAAGGGGACGGCUGUGGACCGAUCUAGAACUGCAACUACUGUGUCAUUGAAAAAGAAGCUGAAGGAUAUUAUGACCGAUUUUCAGUCUCUCAGGGAAACCAUAAAUCAAGAAUAUAGGGAGGUUGUUGAGAGAAGAGUCUUCACAGUAACGGGUAAUCGGCCUGAUGAAGAGACUAUUGACCGGCUGAUAGAGACAGGAAAUAGCGAGCAAAUCUUCCAGAAGGCAAUCCAGGAGCAAGGACGUGGUCAGGUAGUGGACACCCUUGCAGAAAUCCAAGAGCGUCACGAUGCCAUCAAAGAUUUGGAAAGAAAGCUUCUUGAGCUGCAGCAGGUAUUUUUCGAUAUGGCGGUAUUGGUCGAGGCACAAGGCGACCUGCUGGAUAACAUCGAAUCGCAGGUAUCGAGUGCUGUUGACCACGUUCAAUCUGGAACAACAGCUCUACAGACAGCAAAGAAGAUGCAAAAGAAUUCACGCAAGUGGAUGUGCAUAGCCAUUAUUAUCCUUCUAAUCAUUGUGAUUGUUAUUGUUGUCGGUGUGGUUAAGCCAUGGAACAAGAGUUAAAGCUAGUAUUGGUACUUUUGCCUGCGAAACUCGAGCUGUUUUUUGUGUGAUUAUACCUAAUCUUAUUUCCGAUGACUACUUCUGGAUUUGUUGAUAUUUUAUGCGUAUAUGCAUAUUUUGGAGAGCAGCAUUCUUUGUAACGAAUUGGAUACUGUUAGUGAAAAUAAAAUCGUUAGUUUUAUAA